AUGUUCCUCGAAGACUUCUCUCUUUACCUCACGCCACAAGCCGAUGAGUCUGAAGCUACAAAUGAUAGUAGUUGUUGCGCAGGGACUUAUAUUUUCAAUGAUCUCAAUAUAUAUAUCGCGCGUCGCCUUCGUGAAAACGUCUUCCAUAUAAGGUAUGGUAUCGGCUCGCUCGGAGCUUCACGUAACGCAUACGCAACGGAAGACGAUCGAAUUAGCGCAGCGCAGCGCACGGGGCUCGCUCGGGAGACGGGAGCCGCUGCGACGAAACUAAAUAUCCAAAAGCGACCGAGCGCCGCCCGCCUGCCAAAUACGGCAUGA